UUAUCGUGAAUAGCUGCCAGCUGAUUUGCUUGGCCUCUUGUUUUUGACUGCGCCCAACUCUCAAAAAUUACAAUUUUAUCCUGAGGUCGCUUUUUAAUACAUACAUUCCCACCUUCUAUACCUCUAACUUUAACUUGGCGUCAGUGCCAAUAUCUCCGGAUGAUAAACCGAAUAAAGCCUUUGUGCUUCUGGAUUUAAUUCCAGCGAGUGACAUUCACUAAUUCUCGAUAUGUCGGCCGAAACAUCCCCACGCGCCGUUCGAUUUUCCCAAAGCGAAGUCGAGUUGGUACAAGACAAGUCCAAACCCCAAAGGCCCGUUACUAUUUCUACCGAUUCCGACGGCUCGGGCUCGUCUGAAGAUUAUACACCCGACCCUCACGAGCUCGAGCGCCAGGACGAAUUGCGGUCACUUCCCCCGAAUGGAGAUGGCAGUGUUACGAGCUCCAUGGCAUCGCUAGCCCCGAAUUCGGUGGCCAACAAUGCUGGGAGACAACGAGGUUCUACGGCCGAAGCGAACGCCCAUAACGUCGCGAAUGGGGUCGGUGGUCGACAACAGCAGCAGCAACAACAACAACAAAGACCCCAUGUGACGCGCACGCCUUCUAGCACUUAUGCUCCUCAAAGAGGUCCUCCACAACAGCCCAGCUUCAUUACUACUUCAACACGGUCUGGAUCACGCCGACGAGAUCCUGCCGACAAAUUCCGCGACCAGGAGCCUGCCUACCUGCGCAUGAUACGUCAAGACCGCACUCCCAGUGGAUAUUUUGAUCCCUACACACCCAGCGUUGAUUACUCUGACGAAGAGUCCGAGGGCGAGACUCCUUCCUCGGAAGGCGUCUUCGACGACCGCUUCCCCCACGACGAGACGAUAAUGUUUCAGAAUUUGAUCGACGACACGCAACCUACCGAAGAUGAUAUAAAGGACCCAGCGAACCGUGAGCGACUGGAGUGGCAUGGGAUGCUAGCAGCAGUUUUGACCGGCGACGUUGUGAAGCAAGAGAAGAAGCGACUUAUUGGUACAUCUGAGUUAUCAGGUGGAAAAUCUACUUAUAAGGCCGAAUUGUGGCUCGGAAUCAGAGCGAAAAUGACGGGCCGGUCACUUGCUGUCCAACGAAGAAUAAUCGAAGAGGCGCGAGGAAACCUUGACCGGACUAUUGACGAGAUCACACGGUUUGAAGUGCAAGGCGAGACCGCUGCUGGUAAACCUGCCAUCGAACAGGUGAGGGACAUCGUUAAGAAAAUUGAGAAGUGUGAGAGUCUAUAUCCUUCUUGGCAAGCAAUGGGGAUCGCCCACCAGCAGGUCACGUCACAGUCGUUCCAGGAAGUUUACGAUGUCGUCAUGUCUUGGUAUAAUACUAACGAAAUGAUCAACACCGAAUUGUCAAUCCUUAAGAAAUGGGUGGGCAAUGAUGAUCUGGAUUUCCAGAGGACGAAGCAGAGGUCGCCAAGCACCAAUGGUUUAAGUGACGAAGCGUCAUUCCUAGACCGUCUUUUGAAAGAGGACGGCUUAAGAUCGUUGCACGAAGACGAUGAAACCGCAACGCAGGAGCAUGCCCUAAAAACCAAGUCGCUUAUCCGAAGAAGUAUGCUGACGCCGAUAUUGACCACGAUUGCUAAAGCUAAAGAGACCCUUAUCAUGAACUCUGCGGCCUUCCAUAAACGUCACCUUCCUCCUUAUAUCGAGGAGCUACUUACUCUUAUCAGCUUUCCAUCGCGAUUGAUCGAAGAAAUUAUCAAGGUUAGAGUUGCUUAUGCGCGGAAAAUGAAAGAGAAUACUCAGCAAACACCCAUUCUUCAAGACCAAAUGAUCUCACAAUUUGAGAUAUUACUGAAGCUUGCGAUUCGAAUCAAACAGGAGAAUCUUAUGGUGUCUCAACCCCAGCCCGGAUGGAACUUGCCUCCAUGUAUCGAUGAAUCGUUCGAUCAAGUUGUACUCGAUGCCUUGAAAUACUACUUCAAGAUGUUGAAUUGGAAGCUUAGCCGAAAUAAGAACACCUUCAAGGAGGCUGAGGUUCUGUUCCAAGAAUGGGAUUUUGCGAAUGAGGUCGGUCAGCACCUUGUUGGAGGUGAUAUAGAAGUCGCCGAGCAGUUCAGUAAUCUCACCUACAAAGCUCUAAACCGCUUGAGCCAGACGUUCGAGCGUGAGCUGCAGAAGAAGCCUAAGGAAAGCCCAGACGACAUGAGCAAGAGAUACACACAAAUGUUGGAUUCGGUGCGGGUUAGACAGAGAAUGUUACAACGGUUCUCACGGAUGUUAAGUGAGCAUUACGAAAACGCAUCAGAUAUGAGUAUCGCCCUUGGCGCCGAAGGUUUGAGAGCACUCUAUGAACGCUUAUCAGUUACUGGGCACUUCCUCGUCGACGAGGUGGACGGCGUUCAAAUCAUUGCAUCUCCAGCUCUCAUAGGUCGUGAUGAUGAAGUUCAAUCAAUACUACGAACUUGUUUUCAUGAGCGGAUCUCAGAAGACCCUACGGACCCUUACGUUUUAAUACUCCGCCCAGAGGCUCCAUUGCAUUGGUUUGGAAACCGGUUUCCUCAGGCCCUCAAUAUUGAAUCGACUGAUCUCAAGCUCGGCCAAAUGCGUCUAAUCGCAGAUGGAUCUCAAGAUCGAUUAGCGAACGCGAGGAAACUCUUCCUGGAGACAAUCGAUAUGCACCUCGAUCUUAUUGUAGAAGCACGCUCAAAUCUCCACAAAGUUAAUACUCGACUAUUCGAAAUUCGGAAGGUCGGCUUCAAGUUGUCUAACACGUUCAUGGACAGCGUUGAAAUCAUCCGGAAGCAAACAAAAGGGUUCGAUUGCCAGGAUCUGAUCCAGACAUGUUUCGUCUUUGCUACGGAAUUCGGCCAAAGAUCUCUUCUAUAUAUGGAUAGCAACCGGCGGCAGAUGAAUAAUAUGAAGCUCACCAAGCUUAGUUUGGACUGGGUUAGCUUCAUCUGCGAUGAUUGUAAGGUCACCGAUCGCAAGUCUUUCCGUUGGGCUGUACCCGCUCUGGAAUUUGCAAUGGGCAUGACGAGAGGUCGACAGAUUUUAGGACUUGGCGAUGACGAAUACGCAAAACUACGUGCCAAAGUAUCGGGGUGCAUGUCUCUCCUCAUUUCGCACUUUGAUAUUCUAGGCGCGAAGUCGAAUCAGGCCGCACAACUAGAGCGCGAGCGUAUCGAAGCUCUUGUUGGGCAAUUUAAGAGGUUCGAUAAGAACCGCAUGCUUGAUGAUGAGGAAGCCAUCAAGUAUAUUCAAGAGCAACGUCUGGCCCAACUCGCCCAAAUCGAUGAAGUCCAGCGACGAAAUAUUGAAGAGAGACAAGGACUUGGACGAGUUCUUGAGGUUUCCAACGAAGUCGAUCGGUCGUUGGCAUACUUAUCAUCUUCUGCCACGAACGUCACGAUGAGAUGGCAGCAAGGACAUUUCGUAGGUGGUGGUACGUUUGGUAACGUCUACGCUGCUAUGAACUUAGAUACGGGUCAUUUGAUGGCCGUUAAGGAGAUUCGACUACAGGACCCCAAAUUGAUACCACAAAUCGCAACGCAAAUCAAAGACGAGAUGGGUGUUUUGGAAGUCCUUAACCAUCCCAACGUGGUCUCUUAUCACGGUAUCGAAGUUCAUCGUGAUAGAGUCUAUAUAUUCAUGGAGUUUUGCUCGGGUGGUUCAUUGGCUGCUCUAUUAGAACAUGGUCGUAUCGAGGAUGAGCAAGUUGUCAUGGUAUAUGCACUACAACUUCUUGAGGGUCUAGCUUACCUGCAUGAAAGUGGCAUUGCUCACCGUGAUAUCAAGCCAGAAAAUAUCCUACUCGACCACAACGGAGUCAUUAAAUACGUUGACUUUGGCGCCGCUAAGGUUAUUGCACGACAAGGGCGCACUAUGGUACACGGCUUAGCUGCUACAAAACCUAAUAAGUCGAUGACAGGCACGCCCAUGUAUAUGUCGCCCGAAGUCAUUAAGGGCGAGAACCCAGGGCACGCUGGGGCUGUAGAUGUGUGGUCGCUCGGAUGUGUAAUCCUCGAAAUGGUUACGGGUCGUCGACCGUGGUCAAAUCUCGACAACGAGUGGGCGAUUAUGUAUAAUAUAGCCCAAGGCAACCCACCGCAACUCCCGAGUGCGGAUCAGUUGAGCGCCCAGGGCAUCGACUUCUUGAGCAAAUGUUUUGUUAGAGACCCAAAAAGAAGAGCAAGCGCUGUCGAAUUACUUCAACACGAAUGGAUCAUGUGUAUCCGCAACCAAGUCGUCGAGCCACCGACUCCAAGUGACACUAGCAGCAACUCUGCUCAGAGUACACCACAUGGUUUUUCAGGUGGGAGUAGGGGAAGUGGGGGUGGAGACGGCUUCUAUUAGGAAUAUGAGCCUGAAGGUUCGCCCUCAUUUCAAAUUUUAGAAACGAAGAAGGAUGGAACCUCGCCGUUCAGCGAAACGAUACUAACUAUACCUGGUGAUAACGCUGCCGUCCCGUUUCCAGCGUACGUAGACAGGGACUUCAACGCAAGUAACCGAGCGCUUCACCUUACCACUAUGCUAGCGGCACAAGAGUCCGCUAGAAGAGCUCACAUCCGGG